AUGAUGGAAGCUCCUGUAGUGUCCGCACCGCCCCCGCCGAGUUCCUUCUCAAAAAAUACCAAAAAACCGUCAUUUUUCGGCGGUAACUGGACGUUUCGUGAUCGGAAACAGUCGCGACCAAGUAUGGACCACGACUGUAUGAGAAGGGAUGAUCGACCGAUGAGCAUGAACCUAUCCGAAUCGCGUGGUGCACGGAGCAAAAGUGAGACGGCUGCGCGUCAGGUGGAAAUCCGGGUACCAGUGAAAAUCGAACGAGCACCUCCCGCCGAUGAACAUCGACGCACCAGGCAAAUGUCUGAAACGGCUGCUGUCUACAAAACAAAUAUCACCGUUGACGACUCGGCUGUGUCGACGCCGACGGCUGUUCUACGUCCGCGAAAAGAACUGGCCGAAACGAACAAUAAUAGUUAUAACUACAACUCCAGCAGCAAUCCCCUUCGAAAAAGUUGUCCGGACCUUGAUGCCGCUGCGGCUGCCGCGUUGUCGACGACCGAGGAACGCGGUGCACGACGGCGAAAUCGUCGAGCCAAGGAGAAGAUCAAGGAGGCUAGUUGGAGACGAAAACCGGUUGAGGACUGGGCCCUUGACGACGUCCUACUUUGGCUGCAAGCAUGCAGUUUAGACGACGUUGCCUCACUUCUCAUCGGCUACGAUCUCAGGGGAACCGAUCUACUUACGUGGGAUCACGACUGUUUGUCUCAACUCGGUGUCACAAGUGCGUCAAUUCGUGAGAAGAUUUUGAAAGAAUUGGCUGCGAUCAGGGAACGUGGUCCAGAAGAAGCGAAAGAGACAGAGAAAAGAAAUGGGCACCGUGCACUGUUCGAUAUCGUCAAACAGAGCACAUACGAUCAGGUAUUAGCUGUCGAGACCCCCUUGACGACCCGCGAUAUCAUUGUGACUCAUGGUCGCCUUGGUUGCCUUCAGAUCACCAAAGUGAACGGCGUGAAUCUGCCACUGAGGGAGAAUGACUGUCUUCUGGAAAUCAACGAUUGUCCCGGAGAACAGUUCAAAUCCGCGUUAAUGCUGACAAAACUUAUCAGCGACUCUAACGGCUCUCCUAUUCGAUUUGUCGUGCUUCGUAUGAAAACCGUAGACCGAGCCGAUGACAGCUUCAAUGAAACUUCAAGCAGUGGUGUAUCGUCGUCUCCUCGAAGUCCAAGCGAGUAA